AGUGUCGACUGCGGACUGUCGUCAAUACUCAAUGUCACGAUUUUACUUCCAAGUUGAAUUCAUUUCAAUUUUUGAAUAUUUAAACUUAUUACUGCAACUAAAGUUAUAUUAAUAUAUUGUUUUUAAAAUUUAAAUGGAAGAUACAGGUAAAAGGCCACAAUUUGGAAACCGAUUACUGGAAAAUGUGGACGAAGUCUUCAAACACAACGCUUGGGAUAAUGUUGAAUGGGAUGAGGAACAGGAGAAAGCUGCUGAGGAGAAAGUGCAACAAAAUUCAGUAGUAACAUUCUCUGAAGACCGCUUAAAAGAUUUAGAAGAUAAUGCUGACAAACAUUGGGAUGCAUUUUAUAAUAUUCAUCAAAACAGGUUUUUCAAAGAUCGCCACUGGCUUUUUACUGAGUUUCCUGAACUGGCCCCUGACAAUAGCUCUGCACCAAUACGAGUAUUUCCAAAUAGUGAUACCACCCUAGAAAGUAGUAAAAAUGAUGACGAAAAUACUGUAAACAGUCCAAAUAAUACAGACAUAAAACUAAGUAGCAGUGAUACAAAACGCUUAAUAUUUGAAAUUGGCUGUGGUGUGGGCAACACUAUAUUUCCAAUAUUGCAGUAUAGCCAAGAUCCAAACUUAUUUAUUUACGGCUGUGAUUUCUCAUCAACCGCAAUAGACAUUAUGAAACAAAAUGAAUUGUAUAACCUUGACAGAUGUGAAGUGUUUGUUUUGGAUGCAACUACCAAUGAAUGGGCAGUGCCGUUUGAAGAGAAUUCAUUGGAUAUAAUUGUCCUUAUAUUUGUGUUGUCAGCUAUAGACCCAAUAAAGAUGCCGAUUGUCAUAAAUCACACUUAUAAAUAUUUGAAACCUGGAGGUUUAGUUGUUUUUCGAGACUAUGGUAGAUAUGACUUGGCUCAACUAAGAUUUAAGAAAGGUCGCUGUAUAUCAGAAAGCUUUUAUGCGCGUGGCGAUAAUACAAUGGUCUACUUUUUCACACAAGAAGAAAUUUCUAAUCUGUUCAAAAAUGCUGGAUUUAUUGAGGAACAAAACCUAAUAGAUAGACGUUUGCAAGUCAAUAGAGGCAAAAUGUUGACAAUGUAUAGAGUAUGGAUACAGGCAAAGUAUCGAAAGCCAUUAUAACAUUUGACUAUUCAA